AGAUUUGUACACCAGCAGCAAUGCUUUAAAGUCAAUUCUGUAGCUUACUGGAAGCCAGUGAAGGGACCUUAGAAUUGGAGUAAUGUGCUCUGUUCUUUUUGUUCGUUUGAGAACCCUCGCCGCUGCAUUUUGCAUGCAGAGUGUAGCAAAAAAAUGGAAGGAGAAUGUUGAGGAUGGAGCUGCCAGGCACACGAAAAUGAGGAAGGCCAAAGAGGAGAUGCAUGGAUGUGGUGAGAGAGGACAUGAAAGUGGCAGGUGUGGUAGAGAAGGAUACAGAAGACGGGGAGCAAUGGAGAAGAAAGAUCCACUGUGGCGACCCCUAAUCGGGAGUAGCCAAAAGAUGAUGAUGAUCAUCCCUGAUGAUGACGCCUGAGGUGACAGUGGUGAGGACAAACUCCCUCAGACGACAUGAAGAAACAGCGAGAGGAACCAGACUCAAGGGAACCCAUCCCCAUCAGGGAACAAUGUGAUGAGACUCCAGCCAGAAGUAGGGUAUCAGGAUGGAUCAGGCAGGUCCAAGGAGCAGGAGAGGAACCACUGGUGUCUCAGCAUCAUGCCGAGAACAGAGAGCACCCCGCCCCCUCAGGGAGCAUGAUGUCCGGUGAUGACGUGAGUGUUCUGACUCCAGGUAGAAUGAGGAAGGAGGUGGGGCUUCAUUCACACAAUAAAGACCUGAUCACCAGCUGCACCCUGAGCCCCGGGUCCAAUCCAGGACAUGGUGUUGAACGGAAGGAGGAUAGCUUAAUUCUAAAGGAGGAUUCAUCUCUGUCCAUAUCUAAAAGCAAGUCUGAGUCUAAGCUGUAUAAUGGAUCAGAGAAAGAUGUCUCAACUUCAGCAAACAAACUUACCAAGAAGGAAUCUCUCAAGGUCCAGAAGAAGAACUAUCGGGAAGAGAAAAAAAGAGCAACUAAAGAGCUGCUGAGCACGAUCACUGAUCCCUCAGUUGUUGUCAUGGCCGACUGGCUCAAGAUCCGUGGCUCUCUGAAGAGCUGGACGAAGCUGUGGUGUGUGUUGAAGCCAGGUGUGUUACUGAUCUAUAAGAGUCAGAAAAGUGAUCAGUGGGUGGGGACGGUGCUCCUGAGCUCAUGUGAACUCAUCGAGAGGCCUUCAAAAAAAAACGGCUUCUGCUUUAAACUGUUCCACCCACUGGAGCAGUCCAUAUGGGCCAUCAAGGGCCCUAAAGGAGAGACUGUUGGUUCCAUCACUCAGCCUUUACCCAGCAGUCACCUCAUAUUCCGAGCUGCUUCAGAAUCAGAUGGUCGUUGCUGGAUGGACGCACUUGAACUGGCUCUUAAAUGUUCCAGUCUGCUUAAGAGGACAAUGAUCCGCGAAGGAAAAGAGGAAACAACUGAACAUGCUCACAUCAACUUCUACAGCCUGCUGAGAUCACACAACCUGCAUGAAAGUGACCAGUUUAAGGACGAGCUGAACUCAGAUAAGUCAGAUAGAGAGAUUGAGCAGGAAGAGUGGGAGAAGAGUGAAGAGAGUGACAGUGACACCAGUGAACGACAAGAAGAUUCGUAUGCAGAUCUGGAGCAUGACACACUGAGGGAAACUCUUUAUGUGGAGCAGUGCCACGAGGAGCUGGGCGAGGCUGGUGAGGCGUCUCAGACAGAGACGGUGUCUGAGGAGAAUAAGUCUUUGAUCUGGACGCUGCUGAAGCAGGUUCGGCCUGGAAUGGAUCUGUCCAAAGUGGUUUUGCCUACCUUUAUCCUGGAGCCCAGGUCAUUCCUGGAUAAACUGUCUGACUACUAUUACCAUGCUGACUUCCUCUCCGAAGCUGCAGUAGAGGAAAAUGCCUAUAACCGCAUGAAGAAGGUGGUGAAGUGGUACAUUUCUGGAUUCUACAAGAAACCAAAAGGUCUGAAGAAACCAUACAACCCCAUCAUCGGAGAAACUUUUCGUUGUAUGUGGAUUCACCCAAAGACCAACAGCAAAACAUUUUACAUCUCUGAGCAGGCAUCUCAUCAUCCUCCAGUUUCUGCUUUCUAUGUCAGUAACAGGAAAGAUGGAUUCUGUCUGAGUGGCAGCAUCCUGGCCAAGUCCAAGUUCUAUGGAAAUUCUCUGUCGGCCAUUUUGGAUGGAGAAGCCAGACUGACCUUCCUAAACCGAGGAGAAGAUUACAUCAUGAACAUGCCAUAUGCACACUGCAAAGGUAUCCUGUAUGGGACGCUGACACUGGAGCUUGCAGGUCAGGUCACAAUCACGUGUGAAAAAACAGGCUACAGUGCACAACUGGAGUUCAAACUGAAGGUGUGUGUGUGUGGUGGUGGUGGUGGUGGGGGGGGGGUUGUUUACGAUUACCUUUCUUGUGCUGUAAUGUGUCGCUCUGUCUCUCCCCAUCAGCCGUUUCUUGGCAGUAGUGACAGUGUGAAUCAGAUCAGUGGGAAGAUUAAACUGGGGAAGGAAGUGCUGGCCACACUGGAGGGUCACUGGGACAGUGAGGUCUUCAUGAAUGAUAAGAAGUCGGGUGUGUGUGAGAUAUUCUGGAACCCAACUCCAGAGCUCCGGCAGAGUCGCCUCACCCGCUGCACUGUUGCUCUGGAAGAACAGGGGGACUUUGAGUCUGAGAGACUGUGGCAGCAUGUGACUCGUGCUAUCCUGAAUAAAGACCAGACGGAGGCGACCAAUGAGAAGUUUGUGUUGGAGGAGGCUCAGAGGAAGUCUGCACGAGAGAGGAAGCUGAAGAACGAGCAGUGGAAGCCGGUGCUGUUCGAUCAGGAUGCCAGCAGUGGAGACUGGCACUAUCGCUACGCAGACACUCGUCCAUGGGAUCCUCUGAAUGAUCUGGUGCAGUUUGAGAAAGAUGGCCGAGUUCAGACUAAAGUUCGUCACAGGACUCCUAUGGUACGUUCAGCCAGUGUAGUUAGUCUCAGUGCACAGGGCUGCCGGAGGGACAAUUACCUGAGCCAGGUAACAGGACCAAAGCGGAAGCAUAAGCAGAAUGAUAAACCCAAAAAUCCAGAGAGCGGCUGCUCAUCUCCAGAACUAGAACAUCACGACUCAUCAGGCAGUGAGAGACAGAAGAGUAAACUUGGCAACCGUGGGAGAAAGAAAGUGUCGGAUCUGUCAGAGUUACAGAGUGCAGUAGAGUCCAUCAAACACACACAGCAUGACAUCUGCAGGAGUGUGAGCGCUCUGCAGAGUCGGGUGGAGGAUCAGAGCUUCUUCCUCACGCAGAGAGAUUACAUCAUCAUCAUCUUCCUCAUCGGCCUACAGCUCUGCCUCAGCCUUAUCCUCAGAUAGAGAGAAGGAUGGGCGGGUGGAGAGACGGACAGGCGCACAGAGGGACAGACAGACAGAGGGAUGGGUGGCGAGACUGACUGACUCAGACUCUAUGCUCAAAUCUCUUCUCUUCAUCGCCCCUCCUUCAGUCUCUCCAUCCUUUAUUGUCCCUCCCCCAGUCUCUCUCUCUCUCUCUCUCUCUUAUAUCCACAUUCCAUUUAUCGUCGUUAGCGUAGUAAAGGCAGGUGUCCAUGUUUCAGAGCAGAGAGCUGAUUGGCUGGUUCAGAGUGAGGUGAAGUGAAUGAUGGGAAAAGGAUUUCUCUGAGGUGCACCUCCAUGCUUUCUCUGAUUUUUAUUCUGGUUUUUAUUCAUCUUUGUAUUGUUUGUUUUUGUGUGUUUAUUUCUUCCUGCUGUUCACACUGUCUGUGUGUGUGUGUGUGUGUGUGUGUGUGUGUGUGUGUGUGUGUGAGUGAGAGAGGGAGUGACAGUCACACACCAGUAUAAUGUUUUUAAAAUGUCAGUGUGUUUGUUUUACUCAUUGACUGUUUUUUUAUGAAUUAACAUAAAUCAUUAAUGUGGUUCAUGUUCAUUUUAAUAUGUAAAUGAGCAGGCUUUACAUUUCAUAUGAUUUUAAAAAAUGUUUACAGAGGACAGUAGCUGUUUGAGCAUCAUUAUUAGCAGGAGUAUCUAGGGCGUAGGGUUUAGCAUCAGCCCUGUUUUCAGACUUCCUGUUGUAGCAGAACUUCCUGUUGUAGCUCCGCCUCUUCUUUUUUAGCAUAGAUGUAAAUAUUUAAAGCCAAAUAGCCACUCAGAUGACUGAAUGUGUGCAUACGUGUCAGACACGUGAAUGUGUCCACAUCAAUAAUAACUCCAGUUAAUGUGCCUUGAAGGGCGGGGUUUCCUCAGAGGGCGGGGUAUCAGAAAUGUGCAGAGUCCAACUCUUUAAUUCCCUUUCAUUGGUGUCUGUGUGUGUGUUUCUGCAGUUCACUUCAGUAUUGAUGUGAAUGACUGAAGUUAACUUCCUGUAUGUUAAUCACCUGUAACAUGCCUCAAUAAAGAGUAAUAAGACCUCA